AUGCUGUUGGUCAUGGCCAUUCCGUUGGGCUUUCCACCAUGUGUGUGCGUCACCGAAAUUUGGGUGGAUAGCCUACCAUCCCAGCUGUGGGUGGAACAGGACUCGCCUUCUUCGGAGCUCCAGCUGUCUUGA